GCGGCCGCCGCUGUGGCCGCCAACACAUGCACUCAACUGCACGCCAACGACACCAUUGAGUCCAUUGAUAUACAUAACCGACAGUUGAUUAUCGACUCUAUACUCAAUUGCAUCCAAUAUUUUGAUCAACAAUUCAAAUAUAAUUAUAAAUUUGUGGUCUAUAAAACGGACGAUAAGAUAACUAGGAUUGAGAAAUGGCUGCAACACUACUACUCCAAAGAGCUUUUAAAUGACAUCGACUUUGAGAUCGUCACCAAACAAGUGCUUCCAGACGUCGAACUGAAGCCACCAUUAGUUUUGUGUAAUCAUAACAAUAACGAUAACAUUGAUAUCAAUGUAAACAUUGCCGAAAGUAGUGUUCAUAUGGAUAAUAAUGACACUAAUAAUGGAGAUAAUAGUGAUCAGCAAAUGCUGUCCGAAACAGUUGUACAGCAAUCGUCACAACAGCCAGAGUUGUCUCCAUUAGAUACGAAGGUAUUACUCGCAACAUUACCGGAGAGUCAACCGCCCGACCAAAUCCAUAACGAUCUACUGCUUGACGUCCCGUCCCUCUCAUCCCCUCUGCCGCCCACUGAAGAUGCAAUCGAAACGAACCCAAUCGCCGAUCAAAGCAAUGAGAUUAAUGUGCAAAUAGACGAUGAAUUGGUGUCCAAAUUAGUGUAUAAUUUAGAGCUAAUACUUUUAUUAGUGGUGAUUGUGUUGUACAAAGUCCGCAAUCUGUUCCCAAAACUGUUGGAUUAUUUGGAGUUCGCGUGGAUCUAUCUCUCGCAGUUUGAGACACGUCUUGAGCCGCACGUGAGGAUCGAGAAUAUGAUAGAACUGUUGCAAAACGAGUUCACGAGUCAACGCAACGCCAAUCGCAUGCGAACCGAAGUACUGAGCAAUGAAAUCAUACAAUUGAAUGCUAUGAUUGACAAUCUGGACAAACAGUACGAAGAGGAGACCAAAGAGUUGAUUUACCUGCAAAACGCCACAAUCAUCGGACACAACAACACCAGCGCCAACUCAAGGCAAUUGUCCAAACUUAUGAACAUUAAGGGCGGGGGCCGAGAGGCCAAGCUAUACGCGUGUCCCGAAUGCGGCAAAAACUUUAAAAACGGUUAUAAACUGAAUCGACACCGAUAUGUACAUAAGGAUCCAUCAGAGAAACCAUAUAUGUGUGACUGUAAGUGUGCGCCACUCGUGUUCAGCCUAUUAUAUGCUCAUUCAAUGUCAUUUCAGGGCCCGGAUGUGGCUAUCGAUCUAUUGCUAACAAUGACCUCAAUCGACACCGAAUGA